AGGUUUGUUUUUUUCCAUCUUUCAAUGGGAAUUCCUAUUUAGAACUGCCUUUUUUUACAACCCUAAAUGGAUUGAAGUUUCUGCUGGAGAAGGAACAAAACAGAAUUGUUACCAUCUAUUGACUGUAAAGACAAGUGCUUUGAAUGGAACCAUUCUCUACAGUAGUGAGAAGAAUUUUGGACAGCAGUUUCUUCAUUUAUUUCUUGUGGAAGGAAGGCCCACUCUUAAAUAUGGAUGUGGAAGUUCCCAAAAUAGCUUGACUCUUUCUGCCGAUUAUACCAUUAACACAAAUGCAUUCAUCCCUGUCACCAUACGCUUCACAAUGCCUGCUGACAGUCCUGGGGUUGCUUGUAUGAUAGAAAUGACUGCAGAUGGAAAACCUCCAAUACAGAAGAAAGACUUGAAAAUAUCCCAGGCCUCUCAGGUACAUUUUGAGUCAAUGUUCCUUGGCCAUGUUCCUGAAAAUGUUAAGACCCAUAAGAAGGCUGGCCCUAUUUAUGGGCUCAAAGGCUGCAUUGGAGAGCUUCAGGUAAACCACAAAGAAUACUUCAUCAGUGAGGAAGCACUGCAUGGAAAGAACAUUGAGAACUGUCAUGCCCCUUGGUGUGCUCAUCAUCAAUGUCACAACAAUGGCACCUGCAUUAGUGACGGUGAAGACUGGUUUUGUGAGUGUCCAAGGCUGUACUCGGGUAAGCUGUGCCAGUUUGCAACUUGUGAAAACGACCCAUGCAGAAACGGUGCCACCUGCGUUCCUAAAUCCAGGCCAGAUUUUGUCUGCCUCUGCCCGUAUGGGAGGUCUGGACUGCUCUGCACUGACGCUAUUGAUAUUACUCAGCCCAGGUUCAGUGGCAUGGAUGCCUUUGGACACACUUCAUUCCUGGCUUAUUCACGGAUCCCAGACAUCGGCUUCGAUUAUGAAUUCCACUUAAAUUUUCAACUAGCAAACAAUCACUCAGCGCUGCAAAAUAACUUGAUACUUUUCACUGGACAGAAGGGCCAUGGGACGGAUGGCGACGACUUCCUGGCUGUAGGCCUGCGCAAUGGCAGCGUCGUGUACAAUUACAACCUGGGAUCCGGCGUAGCAAGCAUCAGCAGCGAUCCUCUUGAUCUCAGCCUUGGGAUUCACACUGUCCAUCUGGGGAGGUUCUUGCAAAGGGGCUGGCUGAAGGUGGAUGAUCAUAAAAAUAAAUCCAUCAUCUCCCCAGGAAAAUUAGUUGGUCUCAAUGUCUUCAGUCAGUUUUACGUGGGUGGCUACAGUGAAUACACUCCAGAUCUCUUGCCACAUGGAGCAGAUUUUAAAAAUGGCUUUCAAGGUUGUAUUUUCUCUAUUCAAGUUCGCACUAGGAAGGAUGGCCAUUUCAGAAGGCUGGGAAACCCUGAGGGCCACCCAAGUGCUGGCCGCAGCGUUGGCCAGUGUGACACUUCUCCUUGCAGUUUAAUGAACUGUGGCAAUGGUGGAACAUGCAGAGAUAGUGGAUCCACUGUCUACUGUGACUGCCCCACUGGGUGGAAAGGAGCCUUCUGCACAGAGACAGUUUCCACCUGUGACCCUGAACAUGACCCUCCACACCAGUGCAGCAAAGGAGCAACUUGUGUUUCACUGCCUCAUGGAUAUACCUGUUUCUGUCCUCUAGGAGCCACUGGAGCCUACUGUGAACAAGCUCUAUCUAUAAGUGAUCCAUCUUUCAGAAGCCAUGAAUUAUCCUGGAUGUCUUUUGCUUCCUUUCAUAUUCGAAAAAAGACACAUAUUCAAUUGCAGUUCCGGCCUUUUUCUACAGAUGGCAUCCUAUUUUAUGUUGCACAACACUUACAAGCACAAUCAGGUGAUUUUUUAUGUAUCUCUUUAGUAAAUGGUUCUGUUCAACUUCGCUAUAACCUUGGUGACAGAACUAUCAUUCUAGAAACUCUCCAAAAAGUAAAUAUUAAUGGAAGCACUUGGCAUGUGAUAAAAGCAGGAAGAGUUGGUGCAGAAGGCUACCUGGAUCUGGAUGGGAUAAACGUAACAGAAAAAGCCAACAUUAAAAUGCGCUACCUGGACACCAACACUGACUUCUAUAUUGGAGGCGUGUCACCCUUAAGUCUUGUAAAUCCCAUGGCAACAGCAAAUGAAGCUGUAGGUUUUCAAGGGUGUGUCCGAGAAGUUAUUAUAAAUAACCAAGAAUUACAAUUAACUGAAUUAGGAGCAAAAGGUGGCUCCAAUGUAGGCGAUUGUGAUGGGACAGCCUGUGGGUACGACGUGUGCAGAAAUAGGGGUGAAUGUGUAGUAAAUGGCACCACUUUCUUUUGCAGAUGUUUGCCACAUUGGACUGGGAACACAUGUGAUCUGUCUGUCCACUGCGUGAAUAAUCUUUGUCUCCACCAAUCUCUAUGUAUACCUGACCAGUCAUUCUCUUACAGUUGUUUGUGUGCUUUGGGUUGGGUGGGAAGGUACUGUGAAAACAAAACUUCAUUUUCAACUGCAAAAUUUAUGGGUAAUUCUUACAUUAAGUACAUUGAUCCACACUAUAGAAUAAGAAACCUUCAGUUCACUAUUGUAUCCUUCAACUUCAGUACUACUGAAAGAGAAGGCUUAAUCGUAUGGAUAGGAAAGGCUCAAAAUGAAAAUGAUUUUCUUGCAAUUGGUCUUCACAAUCAGACCUUGAAAAUAGCAGUUAACUUAGGAGAAAGUAUUUCUGUACCUAUGAUUUAUAGCCAUGGUACAUUCUGUUGUAACUUAUGGCACCAUAUCACUAUAAUUCAAAAUCAGACUCUUAUUAAGGCCUACCUAGAUGGCAAUCUCAUCCUCUCUGAGGAUAUUGAUCCACAAAAAAAAUUUGUUUCUCUAAACUAUGAUGGUAUUAUUUAUCUAGGGGGCUUUGAAUAUGGUCGUAAGGUAAACAUUGUCACUCAAGAGAUUUUUAAAAGAAAUUUUGUUGGUAAAAUUAAAGAUGUGUUUUUUCAGGAUUCAAACAAAAUUGAGCUAAUUGAAUCAGAAGGGUACAAUGUUUAUACUGGAGAUGGAGAAAAUUAGGUUUCACAAAUUAAUAGUGGCUAUUAUACUAUACAAAAUAUAUAUGAAAAUGUAGUUCUUUUGUAGUUAUUUCUUUGGCACAUUGCUUACUGAAAAUCAACUCCACUAUUACCUGAAAUAGUCUAAAUAUGAACACACUUUUUUAUAAGCUUAUAAAUAUAGCUAAAGAGUAUAGUUGUUUUCCUACAUAAAAUUUAUUUGUAUGUUGGUUACUACGUUUUCACUAUUAGUUUAUUUAGUGUUUCUUCAUCUGUGAAUUGUUUUGAAAUGGAAUGUAGAUGGAAAUGAACUAAUGAUACAAGGUAAAAAAA